AUGCCCAGCGAUGCACAAGCCCCCGUGAAGCUCUCGUUGCCUCUUGAAUUCCAGCAAGACAUCUUCAAAGAGCUGCGCGAAGAGGAUGAGCUCGUCCUGCUCGCGCGCGGCCUCGGCCUGUUGCGCAUAGUCACGAACCUCCUCCACUCCUACGAUGCUGCCGGCAACAACCUCAUCCUGCUCGUCGGCGCAGAUGAGCGCGAGAAUGUCUGGAUCGGCGAGGCGCUCGCUGAGCAUGCAGCCGUCAGCCAGGCGCCGAAGUGCCGAGGGCUGAGCCUGGUCAACACAGACCUGAUGAGCGUAGGGACACGUGAGAAGAUGUACGCGCAAGGCGGCAUCUUCAGCAUCACAUCGCGCAUUCUCAUUGUGGACUUUCUGUCGGGGCUGCUCAACCCGGAGACGGUGACGGGCUUGGUGGUGCUGCAUGCUGAGAAGGUGGUCGCAACGUCGCUCGAGGCAUUCAUUCUGAGGAUAUACCGGCAGAAGAACAAGGCGGGCUUCCUGAAGGCGUUCUCAGACACACCGGAGCCCUUCACCAUGGGCUACUCGCCGCUCACGAACAUGAUGAAGAACCUCUUUCUGCAGAAGCCGGCUCUGUAUCCGAGGUUCCAUGUUUCAGUCGCCAACUCGCUGGAAGGGCGGAAGAAAGCAGAAGUCAUUGAGCUGGAAGUGCCCAUGACAGAUGCUAUGCAGGACAUACAGAACGCGGUGCUCGAGUGCGUGGAAGCUAGCAUCAGCGAGCUCAAGAAGGCGAACCCUGGACUCGAAGUCGAGGACUGGACGUUGGACAGCGCACUGCACAAAAACUUCGAUCAGAUCAUCAGACGGCAGCUGGAUCCUGUCUGGCAUCGUACAACGUUCAAGACGCGCCAGGUUGUUCGCGACCUGUCGUUGCUCCGUACGAUCCUGCACGCGCUGCUCACCUACGACGCGGUCAGCUUCAACAAGUACCUCGACACCGUCCUAGCAGCAUCACAGCCACCACCAGGCUCGACGAAACAGAACCAAUCGCCGUGGCUCUUUCUCGAUGCUGCUGAUACCAUCUUCAGCACCGCAAAACGAAGGGUGUAUACUGGCAAGGUUACCAACGCUGAGCUGGCAGGAGACGCUAACGUCGCUCCGGAAGCUCUAGAGCCUGUUCUCGAAGAAUUCCCAAAGUGGGCACAGCUUGCCGAGAUUCUGCGGGAGAUUGAACAGGAUGCGUACUUCAACCCCACCCCUCAAGAUAGCUCUAAUGGCUCCAUCUUGAUCAUGUGCGGCGACCACGGCACUUGUUCGCAGCUGAGAGAGUAUCUCCAGACCAUGUAUGUCAGAUCUGAAGAGGCUACCAACGAGGAUGAGGACGACGAGGAGCCGUCUGGCAAAUUCAUGAUGAGGCGGAAGCUUCGCAACUACCUCUCAUGGAAACGUGAUUUCAGCAAAGUCAGCUCCACUCUAUUCCAGGAGAACCAAAAGACCAUCAAUGGCAGCACGGAUCAGAAAGUCCAGAGUGGCGAGACAUCGGGGAAACCACCUCCCAACAAGCGGCGACGUAUUAGGGGAGGCGGCAACACUGCGACGUCUACCCGAAACGACUUUGGUGCUGUGCGGACCGCAGGAGACAAAGACGCACACAUUGCAAGCCUCAUGGCUGAGCUCCAGCCCACGGAGCUAGAAGCUGCGCAGAAACCUGGCGAAGUGGGUUACGAUCCGCUCGACAACAUGGAAGACUACUACGAGCUCUUCUCGAUGGACUCGGCUAUCGUCAUCCACCCGUACUCUGGCGAUCUUGAUGAGCACAUUCUCGAGGAAACGAAACCGCGAUACGUGGUCAUGUACGAGCCCGAUGCCGCCUUCAUCCGGCGUAUCGAAGUCUACCGUUCGUCACACACGGACCGCACCGUCAAGGUAUUCUUCAUGUACUAUGGCGGCAGCGUGGAGGAGCAACGCUACCUCUCCGCUGUCCGCCGCGAGAAGGAUGCCUUUACGCGCCUUAUCAAGGAGCGCGCAAACAUGGCCCUCACUUUGAACACGAACGCGAACAUCGCCCCCGAAGAGACCUUCCUCCGCACAAUCAACACCAGGAUAGCAGGCGGUGGUCGCCUGACCGCAACCACAGAACCGCCGCGCGUUGUCGUUGAUGUGCGCGAGUUUCGCUCUUCACUCCCCUCGUUACUACACGGACGCUCCAUGGUCAUUGUGCCAUGCAUGCUGACGGUCGGCGACUACGUACUCAGCCCGCAGAUAUGCAUCGAGCGCAAAUCCGUCCGCGACCUCAUCGGCUCGUUUGCCAACGGACGGCUGUACAACCAAGUCGAGUCCAUGACAGAGCACUACAAGCACCCGAUGCUGCUCAUCGAAUUCGACGCCAACAAAUCCUUCACCCUGGAGCCCUUUGCCGACUUCAGCUCCGCAGGCGCCAACACGUCCGGACUCGCGGCCGCCCCGGAUCUGCAGGGCAAGCUCGUCAUGCUGACCCUCGCUUUCCCCCGCCUGCGCAUCAUCUGGUCGAGCAGCCCGUACCAGACGGCGGAGAUCUUCGCCGAGCUGAAGAAGCAGCAGGACGAGCCUGAUCCGCUCAAGGCCGUCUCGCUCGGCCUUGAUCCCAGCAUGGGCGGCGACGAGAUGAGGUCGUUCAAUCAGACGACGCAGGAUAUGCUGCGCACGCUGCCGGGCGCAAGUGAGAGUAUCGUCACGACGCUGAUGCUGCGGGUGGAGAAUCUAGAGGAGCUGGCUAACAUGUUGGAGCGGGAGGUUUGCUGGCUUAUUGGGACGGAUGUGGGGAGGCGGGUGUAUCGGUUCUUCAAUCGCAGCGUGUAUGAGGAUGUGCAAAUGCCGACGUUCAGCUAG